UCAGUAAUUUCAUAAAUCCUACGCGGAAAUCGUUCCUGGAAAAUCGCGAUUGCUAUGUCAUUCUCUCUUUUGGGGGAGAAUUUCAGUAGGGCUAGGGUUUAGCAUUCUCAAUUCAAAUUCCCAAACACUUAUUAGUAUUUCAGAUUGAAGAUUUUGGGGGGACCGAAAUAGUCGUUCAUUGUUUACAAAUGGGGAAGAACGAUUUUCUAACACCAAAGGCAAUCGCGAACCGAAUCAAAGCCAAAGGUCUGCAGAAGCUGCGAUGGUACUGCCAGAUGUGCCAGAAGCAAUGUCGGGACGAGAACGGAUUCAAAUGCCACUGCAUGAGCGAGUCCCACCAGCGCCAGAUGCAAGUCUUCGGCCAAAACCCCAACCGCAUCAUCGACGGCUAUUCCGAGGAGUUCGAGGACAGUUUCCUCGAACACAUGAAGCGCAGCCACCGCUUCAGCCGCGUCGCAGCCACCGUCGUCUACAAUGAGUACAUCAACGACCGGCACCACGUCCAUAUGAAUUCCACUCAGUGGGCUACGCUUACAGAGUUCGUCAAGCACUUGGGUCGCACCGGAAAGUGUAAGGUCGAGGAGACCCCGAAGGGUUGGUUUAUUACCUAUAUUGAUAGAGAUUCGGAGACCCUUUUCAAAGAAAAGUUGAAGAACAAGAGGGCUAGAGCUGAUAUGGUAGAGGAAGAGAAGCAAGAGAGGGAAAUUAGGAAACAGAUCGAGAGGGCUGAGCAGUUGAUGCCUUUGGAAUAUGGGUCUGAUCAAUCUCAACCAAAGGAAUUGAAAUUGGAAAGUGGUAUUAAGAUUGGUUUUGCACUUGGGUCAUCUUCCUCGUCUUUGAAAAAGGAUAAAGGGGAGAGUUCGAAGUUGGUUUUUGAUGAGGCAGAGGAUGAUAAGAAUGAGAAAAGCAAAGGUGGUGGGAAUUCUUCAGCGAAGAAUGGAGGUGGUGGUGGUAGGUCAGCUUUGGAAGAUUUGAUAAGGGAGGAGGAGAAGAAGAAAGAGAAGAUUAAUAGGAAGGAUUAUUGGCUGUGUGAGGGAAUCAUUGUUAAGGUUAUGAGUAAAGCUUUGGCCCAAAAGGGGUAUUAUAAGCAAAAGGGGGUUGUGAAGAAAGUGAUUGACAAAUAUGUUGGGGAGAUUGAAAUGCUUGAGACUAAGCAUGUUUUGAGAGUUGAUCAAGAAGAGCUUGAGACUGUGAUUCCACAAAUUGGCGGCCUUGUUAGGAUUGUGAAUGGGGCAUAUCGUGGAUUGAAUGCGAGGUUAUUAGCUGUGGAUACUGAUAAGUUUUGUGCUAAGGUGCAGAUAGAGAAAGGUGUCUAUGAUGGCAGAGUACUAAAAGCUGUUGAGUACGAGGAUAUCUGUAAAAUCUUAUAAUAGGAAAAGUAAAUGUUUGUCUUCCUGUAGAAUCUCUUUCAUGCUUUGUUGAGAUAUACCAUGGUGUAGAAAGGGAUUCUCUUACAUGCUUAGUUUAUUCUUUGUGGAAAUGGACACACUGAAAUGAUACUUGUGUUGUUGCUUA